GAGAGAGAGAGAGAGAGAGAGAGAGAGAGAGUUGGAAAGUGGAUGGAGAGGGCAGGCACAUUCACUGGAGCAACAUCUGUGACUCCACAGCUUUCCAAAGCUUCUGCAGUCUAGUAUUCUGCAAAACCAUGGCCAUGGCACACCUAUGAGGAUGUAAGAGGGACUUCAUUCAGCAGAAAUCCAGCUCUGCACAUAUUGACAUUUGAACUGGAAUUUCACUGUCUGACACUGUAAAUGGAUUCCGUGUGCGAUUGGCAGAGAAGUAGAAAUAUCCAGUUCUGAGAAAAAGCAAGUAGGAGGGGAUAUGGCGACUGGCUCAUACAAAUGGUGGUACAAAACUGAGGCUUGGUGCUUCAGGAUCAUUGGUUGCAAAAUGAGAUCCAUGCAUUUUGUCUUUUGGUGUGUGUACUUCAUGUUUCUUCACUUAUUUUGCACAGCCCAAGAUGAGGACAUGAGAUUAAGUUGCAGAACGGCUCCAAGUGACUUAGUGUUCAUACUUGAUGGCUCAUGGAGUGUGGAUGACACAAAUUUUGAGAUAGUUAAACGGUGGCUGGUGAACAUCACAACAAGCUUUAACAUUGGCCAGAAGUUCACCCAAAUUGGGGUGGUCCAAUACAGUGAUGAACCUGUUUUACACAUACCACUGGGAAAACAUUACUCAACCGAAGAUUUAAUCAGAGCCAUGGAGUCCAUAGAAUACAUGGGAGGCAACACCAACACUGGAAAAGCUAUUAGGUUUGCCAACGAGAAGCUGUUUGCACUAUCAGAGCGUGGGCCGAAUGGGGCUUCAAAAAUUGCCGUGGUUCUGACAGACGGGAAGUCACAAGAUGCAGUGAUGGAAGCUGCAGAGGCCGCAAGGAAAAAAGGGAUAAUACUCUUUGCAAUUGGUGUUGGGUCAGAGACAGAGGAGGCAGAGCUGAGGACAAUUGCCAACAAGCCGUCCUCAACCUAUGUUUUCUAUGUUGAAGACUAUAAAGCCAUCUCCAAGAUUCGUGAAGUUAUUCGGCAGAAGCUGUGUGAAGAGACUGUAUGUCCAACCAAAAUACCAGUUGACUCUCGGGAUGAGAAGGGAUUUGAUAUUCUGUUUCACCUGAAAUUGGCCAAAAAAGCUAAAAAGACACAAGGAUCCUUUUACAGAAUGAAAGCCUACCAAGUGACGCCCAGAGAUGAUUUAACAGAGAACACCAGGGCUUUGUUUCCUGAUGGGCUUCCACCUUCUUACGUGUUUGUGGCCACACUUAAAUACAAGGGUUCAGUCCUAACAGAGGACUGGGAUCUCUGGAGAAUACAGACUAUGGAUGGAGAGCCUCAAAUGGCAGUUACUUUAAACGGUUUGAAGAGGACCGUCACAUUCACCACUACAAGCACUACACAAAGCGGAACACAGACAGUGGUCUUCACCAAAUCACCAGCAAAAAAACUGUUUGAUGAAAAAUGGCAUCAGCUGCGUCUUCUGGUAACAGAAGAAGAUGUAACGCUUUACGUUGAUGACUUGGAAAUUGAAAACUUGGCCCUGGAACCCCCUGCUGGCAUUUUUAUCAACGGAAAGACACAAGUUGGGAAAUAUGUCAGAAAAGAAACAACUGUUCCUUUUGAAAUUCAGAAACUACGAAUCUACUGUGACCCAGAGCAGAAUAACAGGGAAACUGCUUGUGAAAUACCUGGAGUUUGUGCCAGUGGAUCAGCUGAUAUUGAUCCAACCCCAGAGCCAUGUAUUUGUCCACCUGGGGCACCUGGAACUCCAGGCCAAAAGGGAGAGCCAGGAAGAGCUGGGGUUCCUGGCAAACCUGGUCAUGCUGGUGCUGAUGGUAAGCCUGGUGCACCCGGGCCAAGAGGAAGUGCUGGUCUUCAAGGUCCUCCUGGCAUGGCGGGGCUUCGGGGAGCCGAUGGAUACAAGGGGAAUAAAGGAAGUCCAGGGGAGCCUGGUGAAAGAGGUGUCCCAGGGAUACCUGGCCCUCCAGGUCAACUGGGUGAAAAGGGGGCGACUGGCUCUCAAGGCAGGCAAGGGAUGCCAGGCAAAGACGGACAACAGGGUGAAAAGGGAAACAGCGGAUCUGUUGGUCCACCCGGAUAUCCAGGGCAACCUGGGACACAUGGAAGAGAUGGGAAAGAUGGAAUUCCAGGAGGGACUGGGCAAAAGGGUGACACAGGCGCUCCUGGUAUUCCUGGCCUAGAUGGAAGAGGAGGACAUCCAGGACUGCCGGGAAUGCCUGGAAGUGAAGGCCCAAGCGGAUUAAAGGGUGAGACAGGAUUACCAGGACCAAAGGGAGCAAGAGGCCCACCAGGGAACAAUGGCGAGAUGGGUUUGCCUGGAAUACAUGGUCCACCUGGAUUACCUGGGCCUAAGGGCGGUAAAGGAGACAGUGGUGUCCCGGGUCAACCAGGGCUACCUGGGCAGCAGGGUCAGUCUGGAGAACCUGGGAACCCGGGACAGACAGGACAUCCUGGAAUGCCUGGUAUGAAAGGAUCUAAGGGAGAAAUAGGAGCCCCAGGUGAAAGAGGGGAAGAGGGGUUGAAAGGUGACAAAGGAGAUCCUGGAAAACCUGGUCACAAUGGUCUAACUGGACUGACAGGACAAAAAGGAGAGAAAGGGACAACAGGAGAGCCUGGCCAGAGUGGACAUAUAGGCCUCCAGGGUCAGCCAGGACUGCCAGGACAGCCAGGUCCUCCUGGGUCCAGAGGACAGAGUGGGGACACUGGACAACCUGGACCACCUGGACCUGAAGGACGACCUGGGAGAGAGCUGUCUGAGCAACGCAUUCAGCAGAUAUGCAGAGAGGUCCUUCAAUCAGAGAUUCCCUCACUUCUUCUUAGUAGCCAACACAGUCAACAGAGAAGUUGCGAACACUGCCACACAAGGCUGGGACCUCCUGGGCCACCAGGACCAAAAGGUCUCCAGGGUUUCCGAGGUUUUCCAGGAGCACCAGGAUCACAGGGAUUGCAGGGACACCGAGGUUUACCUGGAAGGCCUGGUAUUCCUGGCAUGAAAGGUGAUCCAGGAGAAAAAGGCGAAAAAGGAAAUCAAGGACGAUCAGGAAUUGGAGACCCAGGUCAACCCGGACUUCCAGGUCCAAUGGGUCCUCCAGGUAUCAGCAAACCUGGUCAUCCAGGCACACCCGGCUUGCCUGGGCGGGAUGGGGAAGCGGGAAAGAGGGGAUAUCCGGGAGAACCUGGGCCACCAGGUGUGUGUCAUCCAUCUAUGUGUUAUAGUGCAGUUUUAAGAAGGGACCCUUUUGUUAAAGGGCCAAACUAUUGAAAUAGCGUUGGAUGAAACAGGCCAGUCUGGAUUUGGUGCUCAGAGAAUGAGAGAAAAGUUAACAGACAACCUUUACGAACUCAGGACGAUCAUAUUUUGAAGGGUGUCUCUAAGGCAUGGAGACAUUAAGUACCUCUAAUAGUGUAAAUAAUGAAAUGCAUCCCUUUGUGUAUGGAUCAUGGCAUGGUUUCUCAACAUCACAAACUGUCCCCAUUCACUUUCUCUCAUAAACCUAAAGAUUGCAGUCAGAGUUACAACUAAAAGUUACUUUUAAAUAGGGUGAAAUAAAUCAGACAAACGGUAGCAUCAAGUGUCCUGCAGCACUUAAAUGCUUACAGGCCUUCAAGUGAACACAUAGCACUACUAAUUUCCUGACUCUCUAGCACCCUCCAGUGUUUGUCUGUAGCUUUUCAUCCAUCCUGUAGGAUUUUUUUUUUUUUGCCUUAUUUAACAUGUUCAUGUUAUCUGCGAGUAGUUAGUCAACAUUCUGUACAUUUUCAUACUUUUGAUAUCACUUUUUUUUUCUUCCAUAGCUUAAAUGUAAACCAUAAGCUUGCAUGCUGAAAAUCGACUUUCUGCUAAUCUGUUAAAUGAUGCUUCAUUUUUUUCUUGCCUCAUUUCACUAUCUGUCAUGGAGAAAUGAUAACCCCAAGAUCUUGUCUAUUAUUAUUAUUAUUAUUAUUAUUAUUAUUAUUAUUAUUAUUAUAAUUGUGGAUUACAAAUGUGAGCUUUGUAUAAAGCAGCUGUUUUGCUGUUAGGCACCAUGAAAUUGUUUUUUUUUUUU